AUGAAAAGGAGGUGUAAGAAUGAUACGAAUCAAUGGAUUGAAGAUAAAAGGAAUGAAGCGCAGGAAGCUGCAGAUAGAGGUGAUAGUAAAACUGUAUAUAAGAUAACAAUAGAGCUUACAUCUGGUUUUAAAAGUAGUGGAGGUGUACCUAUUAAAGCGAAAAAUGGCACGAGACUGACUACGGAAAGACAACAACUGGAAAGGUGGAAAGAACAUUUUAAUGAAGUCCUGAACCAAUGUGAACCUGAUAUUUUGUUAGACUUAUCUAAUGAAAAUGUCAGAGCAAUUUUGAACGUAAACCUAAAUGACAUAUCUCUAGAAGAAGGUAGAAGAGCGUUGCAAAAUCUGAAAAACAACAAAGCAGCAGGGUCAGAUGAGUUGCAGCCUGAAUUACUGAAGAACGGAGGUCAACCGUUGGAACUGGAGUUAUUAAAUAUUUUUAACAAGAUUUGGAGACAGGAAACUAUUCCAUCAGAAUGGGGUCAGGGUGUGAUUGUCACUAUUCCGAAAAAAGAAGAACUAAGUGAUUGUAACAACUGGAGAGGAAUUUUUUUACUAUCAAUACCUGGUAAAGCUUUUUGUUAUAUAUUAUUAGAAAGGUUGAAAGAUGAAGUGGACGCCUUAUUAAGGGAAGAACAGGCUGGAUUCAGAAACGGAAGAUCAUGCACUGAACAGAUAUUUACCUUACGAAACAUCAUAGAAUAA